AAUAUCUCCUUUUGAUUUGAGAAGUUUAUUUAUGAUUUGAGAGUACUGAUUUUUAAUUUGAAAUAUUUUCUAUCUGAAAUAUUUAAACAUGUCUACUAAAAUAGAAGAAUUAAAGAAAAGACGAACUGUAGUUAGGAGUAUGACAACAAAGUUGAUAAAUAAUUGUAAAGAAUACCUCCAAGAAACAGAACACGAUUUGUGUAUUCUUAAUGAAAAUAUUGAUUUAUUAGAUUCAAAAUAUAACAGCCUAAAAGAAUUAGAUAAACAAAUACAAGAAUUAAUUGAGGCUACUGAAUAUGAAUCGGAAUUUGAAACUUGUGAAGUUUAUUCCGAGAAAAUAAUUUCCAUGAAAUCAAAACUAACAUUUAUGUUAAAAGAGAAUAGGAAACCUGAAAUUCCUGUUUCGAAUACAAUUGGUAAUAUUGUGAAUAAUGAUAUUUCAAAUAUUUCUGUAUCUCAUUCAAAAAUUAAAUUGCCUAAAUUAUCGAUCAAUAAAUUUAAUGGCGAUCCUGUUAAUUGGUUAUCAUUUUGGAACCAGUUUGACAAUGCGAUACAUCAGAAUAGUGAUUUAACAGAUACAGACAAAUUUAAUUAUUUGAUAUCAUUUUUAUCAGGUGCUGCUUGUAAUGCUGUUAGUGGUUUUGCAUUAUCAAGUGAAAAUUAUUUUGCCGCAAUCGAGUUACUUAAAACACGCUUUGGUCGAACAGAUUUAAUUAUAAAUGCACAUAUGGGAAAACUGUUAAAUUUAGAACCUGUUAGGAAUGCUAACAACAUAUUUGCAUUACGUAAGUUGUAUGAUGAUAUCGAAAUACAGAUAAGAAGUUUAAAAUCACUUAAUGUAACUUCUGGCACAUAUGGCACGUUAUUGACACCAGUUUUAUUAAAAUUAAUUCCGAAUGAACUGAAUCUUGAUUUCCAAAGAAAAAGGAAAUCGAAAGAUAAUUUCGAUGUAAACGAAUUAUUAGAGUUCUUGAAAACGGAAAUUGAGUGCCGCGAAUCCAUGCUACAAAUUCAAGAUAAAAUAAACAACCAUAAUUCGAGCCACUUUCCUAAAGAAAAAAGAAUAAAUAAAAUUUCUAUUCCAACGGCUGCUGUGUUAAAGGUUUCAAUUAACAGCUGCAUAUUUUGCGAGGAUUCAGAAAAAGAAAAACAUACUUCCGAAGCUUGCCCGAAGUCUGUAACAGACAGAAAGGCGUCACUUCGGAAACUCGGAAUGUGUUAUUUAUGCCUUAAAAGGGGUAACCAUUUGGCAAAAAAUUGCUUUUCGAAGAUAAAGUGUGAUUCAUGUGGGUGGAAACACAACAGUUUAAUCUGUGACAGAAAUAGUUUAGAUGAAAAAAAAAUCAAAUAA